GGCGGAGGCGGGGGGAGGCGGCUCGCGGCGGCGGCGGGGCCGCCAGCGCCGGGCGGGCGGGCGGCGCCGCUGAGGUCAAAAGUGAAAAAUGUCUUCUUGUUACAACUGAUCAUAGACAGGAUGUUGCAAAGGCAUGUCUUGACAGAGCUGCGAGAGGCUGCCGUUUCCGCGCACUUCCGACGGAGGGCUUUCACUGUAACGAUACCGUUUGGUGCUUGAGACUUCUUUGUAUCUGUCUGCGCGUAUGUGUGCGAAAUUCACAUGAUCGCGGGCUGAGGGAGGAAGAACUGGAAGAAAGGAGCAGUUGUGCUGGUUCUCUUCUUGCUGGCUCUGCCUUCCUGGAUGCUCGCGUUACUGUCUUGCGGACACAUUGUCAAGCGCGGACAGAAAAAGAGGCUCGAUUAUUUUCUCCGGUGAUUAGUUUUGGCCGUGACCACCGUGCAGAAAUAACCACUUUUCUCCCAGUUUGCUGGUCCGCACCGAGGCAGCAGGAAUAUGCUCAUGAAGGAGUACCGGAUCUGCAUGCCUCUGACAGUUGAAGAGUACAGAAUUGGGCAGCUGUACAUGAUAAGCAAGCAUAGCCAUGAGCAGAGUGACCGAGGUGAAGGUGUGGAGGUGGUGCAGAAUGAACCCUAUGAAGAUCCAAAUUAUGGCAAUGGUCAGCUAACAGAAAAACGAGUCUAUCUCAACAGCAAACUACCUAGCUGGGCUAGAGCAGUUGUUCCCAAAAUAUUUUAUGUUACAGAGAAGGCUUGGAAUUACUAUCCUUAUACAAUCACAGAAUACACAUGUUCAUUUUUGCCUAAAUUCUCCAUUCAUAUAGAAACAAAAUAUGAGGACAACAAAGGAAGCAAUGACAGUAUUUUUGACAAAGAAGCUAAAGAUCUUGAGCGAGAAGUCUGCUUUAUUGAUAUUGCCAGCGAUGAUAUUCCUGAGCGCUAUUACAAAGAAUCAGAGGACCCUAAGUAUUUCAAGUCACAGAAGACCGGGAGAGGCCACUUAAAGGAAGGUUGGAGGGAGACUCACCAGCCAAUUAUGUGUUCCUACAAACUUGUGACUGUGAAAUUUGAAGUUUGGGGACUUCAAACCAGAGUGGAGCAAUUUGUACACAAGGUGGUCAGAGAUAUACUAUUGAUUGGUCACCGGCAGGCUUUUGCCUGGGUUGAUGAGUGGUACGAUAUGACUAUGGAUGAUGUUCGAGAAUACGAGAAAAAUAUGCAUGAAAAAACCAACAUUAAAGUUUGCAAUCAACAUUCAUCUACUGUGGAUGAAAUAGAGAGCCAUGCCAAAGCAAGAACAUGACAAUGGAUGAAGUCCGAGAGUUUGAACGAGCCACUCAGGAAGCUACCAACAAGAAAAUUGGGAUUUUCCCACCUGCA